AUGGCGGCGGCGGGGCGGGCGCUGCGUGCGGCGCUCCCCGCCGGGCUCUGGGGCCGCCUGGCCCCGCUGCCGGGCGCGCCCCGCCGGACCGCCGCGCACUUCUCUUUCCAGCCGGACCCGGCGCCCAGCGAGUACGGGCAAACUCAGAAGAUGAAUCUCUUCCAAUCCAUAACAAGUGCCUUGGACAAUGCUUUAGCCAAAGAUCCAACUGCAGUUAUAUUUGGUGAAGACGUGGCCUUUGGUGGAGUCUUCAGAUGUACAGUUGGCUUGCGAGACAAGUAUGGUAAAGACAGAGUUUUCAACACCCCUUUAUGUGAACAAGGAAUUGUUGGCUUUGGUAUUGGAAUUGCUGUUACAGGUGCUACAGCCAUUGCAGAAAUUCAAUUUGCAGAUUACAUUUUUCCAGCAUUUGAUCAGAUUGUUAAUGAAGCAGCCAAAUAUCGGUACCGCUCUGGAGAUCUGUUCAAUUGUGGAAGCCUCACCAUUAGAGCCCCGUGGGGCUGUGUGGGUCAUGGUGCACUGUAUCACUCUCAAAGUCCAGAAGCCUUUUUUGCUCACUGUCCAGGAAUAAAGAUUGUUAUUCCAAGGAGUCCUCUGCAGGCCAAAGGAUUGCUGCUGUCAUGCAUAGAGGAUAAAAAUCCAUGCAUAUUCUUUGAACCUAAAAUACUUUACAGAGCUGCAGUGGAACAAGUUCCUGUAGAGCCCUACAAGAUUCCACUGUCUCAAGCUGAGGUGCUGCAAACAGGCAAUGAUGUGACAAUGGUUGCUUGGGGCACUCAGGUACAUGUGAUUAAAGAGGUGGCAGCAAUGGCUCAAGAAAAGCUUGGUGUGUCCUGUGAAGUUAUUGAUCUGAGAACCAUCUUACCAUGGGAUACAGAGACUGUUUGCAAGUCGGUGGCAAAGACUGGGCGAUUGCUGAUUAGCCAUGAGGCUCCCCUGACAGGAGGAUUUGCAUCUGAAAUCAGUUCCACAGUUCAGGAGGAAUGCUUUUUGAAUUUAGAAGCUCCUAUUGCAAGAGUAUGUGGCUAUGACACUCCCUUCCCUCACAUCUUUGAGCCUUUCUACAUCCCAGACAAAUGGAAAUGCUAUGAUGCUCUUAGAAGAAUGAUUAACUACUGAGCAAUAGUACAGAGAGGAGAAGAACAACAGGGAAAUACAGAAGCUGCCUUCAAAACUCUUGACAUUUAAUCAGAUCUUUUGGGUUUGGAAUUUACAUAGCAGACUUUUCUUUUAACUCAGCUAUCCUGAAUGUUCAUCUUGGCUAUUCUUCAGCAAGUUCAAAUUUUCCUUAAUUAUGAAAUCAGUGAUGGGCAGGUGAUUGUUACAGUAAGUACUUUCAGAUGUAUUCAAAGAUAUUCCAGAUGUUGAAUGAAAAUUGCACAUUGCCGUGCUUCACUAGGUUACAUCUAGACUUCACUGUGUAAAUAUUAGAAGCAGAAUUUUAUUCAAUAAAACAUGUUAUGCUCAUGUAGUCUCUUCGUUUUGCUAUUGUUUUGGAAGAACCCAAAGAAGUUAUUUGAAUGUGACUGUUUUCAACACAAUAAACCUUACACAGCCAGA